UAUAUCUGUGUACUUCAACACUAUUGUUUAAAAGGUCGAUUGGUGUUAAUCUAUAAAUAAAUAUUAAUGUUACUUUCCUCAUUACCCCGGGAAAAUUUAAUAGAUUUUCUCCUAGCACCCACUACCCAAAAAUAGUAAUAUUUUUAAUGUUUAAUGUGUGUGUAAUGUAUAAAAUAUCUCUCGUUUCAGGACUAAACCUAGAUAUUACCAUCGGUGGAGCAGGCAUAUUUUUUUUACACUCUAAUUCUUAUUUUUUGACCGGGGUUAUGAUUUCACGUUUUAAUGAAAUAAACGAUACAGUUUUAGGAUUUAUAGACAUGAAAUACCAUGUUCAAUGGAUUCGUGGAAUUUUAAACGAACAUGUCACAGUGAAUUCAUGCGUUUUACCAACUGUCGAAGGAGUUCUAUAUUAUUAUGAAGGUUCUAAUGAAAUUUUAUCUCCCGGGACAUUAAUUAAUCAUCAUCUUACUGUUAUUGAGAAUUGUGAAGUUGGAUAUCAUAAGGCUUAUCCCAAUGGUUUUAGGUUUUGUCAGAGAACAGGAAAUUGGUUAUCGAGUACUGAGAAAUUAUGUUUCAAAAUGUGUCCACCUCUAAUAUCAGAUAGCUUAGAUAUUAAAUGUAGUCAUAAUGGUAAGUAUGCUAAUUGUUCAAAUUUAUCGAUACUUGAUACAAUAGCAACACUAUCAUGCAAGCCAACAUUUACUGCACCAAAUGGACAAGAGAUUUCACUUGAAUUAUUUUGUCAGUCUAAUGGGCUGUGGAAUAAACAACUAUAUAGAUGCAAUCCAUAUUGCGGUAGAGUAUAUGUCGAAAACCAAGUAUUGAUCGACAAUGGUGAUAGAGCACUUGUUGGAACGGCUCCUUGGAAUGUUGGAAUAUAUCAGUUAAAUAAAAUAAAUUAUAAUUAUGACAUGAUAUGUGGAGGAUCAAUUAUUUCUCCACAAUUAAGUCAUUUCUGCGGCUCAUUGUUUUUGGCAAAAAGCUGUGUUAUCUAAGAAUAUAUCUGUAACGGAUGGUCUAUACAAAAUUGCUGUUGGAAAAUAUGAUAGAAAUAUUACAAUAAUUGACAAUGAAUUUACUCAAAUAAUAAAUGUGGAAAUGAUUCACCUGAAAGAAGGUUAUUAUGGACGUACUGGGUUCCAUGCUGAAGAUAUAGCUAUUAUAGUGUUACAAAACAAAGUUUCUUUUAGUAAUGGUGUUUCACCUGUUUGUAUCGAUUGGAACGGUAAAUACAAUGUAGUCAAUGGAAAUCAAGGAAAGUUUUAUACUUUUACAGAUUGUUGGUUGGGGAAAAACGGAAAAAGGCAUUUCAAGUCCUAUUUUAUUAGAAGCAAAUUUACCAUACAUCGACCAUAUUUCUUGCCGGAAA